GCCCACGAAGAGAAUUCCCCAUAGACGAACGACAGCUCGCGCCGCCGCCCGUGAAACCUAGCUCCGCCGCCGUUGGGAGCGCGACUCCAAGCCAGCACCACCGCCCCAAACCCUCCAAACAACAGCCAACAAUGGCGGACUCUCCCUCCUUCCGCCGCCACCCGCUCCCCUUCUCGAUCGACAUCGUCCGCUGGCUCCCGUCCUCCGCCUCCUCCGGCCGCCACCUCGCGGCGGCCGUCCACGACCCCUCCGUGCCCGCCUCCUCGCGCCUCAGCCUCCUACCGCUCCACGACCCCGCCUCCCCGCUCGCCUCCCUCCCGCUCCCCUCCCGGCCCACGGCCCUCCGCUGCUCCCCUUCCGUCCUCGCCGCCGCCACCUCCUCCGGCUCCCUCCACCUCCUCCCCUCCUCCUUCGACACCGACUCGGCGGUGUCCGUCCCCGGCGGCGCGGGGUUCCAUGUGGGGCCCGUGCGCGGGCUCGACUGCGGCGGCGAGGGGUGGGUGACGGCGGGGGAGGACGGGAGGGUGCACGUGGUGUCGGACGGCGGCGACGGCAGGGUGGUGGCCAGGAGGGUGUGGGAUGGGAAGGGCAUGUCAGGGUACGGGGCGGCGAGAUGGGCCUCGUCGGCGGAGUUCGCCACCGGCGGCGCCGGCUGCGGCGUGCAGUGGUGGGACCGCAGGAAAGGGGACGCCGUGGUGGCGCAGUGCAAGGGCGUCUGGGGUCGUGGUGUCGCCACCGGCAUGGUGCACUCCAUUGAUAUACAUCCAUCAAGAAAGCAUGUCUGUGUGGUGGGAGGCUCCUCAGGAACAAUAUUUGCUUGGGACCUACGCUGGGCACAGCAGCCAAUACCACUCUCUGGUGUAGGCCUUGACGAAACGGCACAACCCGUGUGCGAGAGUGAGGUCUGGGAGGUUCUUUUUGACAACUACACACAGUCUUCUGAUAUUAUCUCGUCUGUCUCAACAAGAAUAUUACCUGUGAUGCUGUGCUCAGAGGAUGGAAUCCUUGCAAUCGUCGAACAAGAUGAGAGGCCUCUUGAAUUGCUUGCCGAGCCCUGUGCUAUCAACUCCUUUGAUAUCGAUCCUCAGAACCCUUCUGAUGUCGUCUGUGCCCUGGAAUGGGAAUCGAUUGGUGUGCUUACACGUGGAAGAGAUGCAAUGGCAGAGGAAUGAAUGCAUUCACUCCCCAACAAUUCUAUUGAAUUUCCAUGCAUAACUUUCUGUGAUGGCCCGUGGCGUGACUACUCACGCUGUCCUUUUGUUGCUCAUCAGCUAUCAAUGAUGGAAGAGGCGUGCUCGGCGUGUAUCAUUUGCGGUUUUGUGUGAAAGCACGGAUCGUGUAAAACUUACUGUAACUCUGGAUCAUACUUAGCUGUGAAUUGGUGUUCAGCAUAGGUGAAAUCGGAAGCUUACUUUUACUGUUCUA